AUGGCUCCACAAUUCCUCAAAGCCCUCACCGCUGCGGCUGGUCUCUAUGCCUCGCUCGCCGUCGCUGCUCCGCUCCAGAAGCGAGCCAUUGUCUGGGAAACUGUCACCGAUAUCGUGAUUGAGACCGUCGAGGUGACAUUGACCGUCACCGGAGUGCCUGGAGGCCCCAAGACGAUCCCUCCGCCAGCAAUCACUCCUACCUCCACGGUUGUCACUACUACCUCCGCGGCCGCUCCACCUCCACCACCUCCACCACCUCCACCACCGCCGCCAGCCCCGACCACUACCCUCAUCGAGAAGCCGUCCCUCCCACCACCACCACCACCGCCCGCCCCAACCACAACCUCUCAAGCCCCCCCGCCUCCUCCACCACCACCUCCAGCUCCAACUACCACUUCUGCUGCCGCCCCUCCUCCACCGCCGCCGCCACCACCACCACCACCACCAUCACCCCCAAAGAAGAAGCCGGAAAUGAACCCCCCGCCAAGUGCGCCGCCUUCUGGCAGCAAAGGCUUCUCUGGUGAUAUGACCUUCUACGAUGGUGGUGUCGGUGCCUGCGGAUCGAACGUUGACACGCACGGCGAGGACGCUGUCGCCAUUUCCGUUGAUCUCAUGGGCGACGGAAACAACAACAGCCCCUUCUGCGGCAAAUCCAUCACCAUUGAGUACGGCGGCGUCAAAGCCAAGGCUGUCGUUAAGGACAAGUGCAUGGGAUGCGUUGGCGGUUCAAUUGAUAUGACACGCCAUCUAUUCUAUCAAUUUGCACCGGAAGCUGCAGGUCGCUUGGGAGGCGUUAAAUGGUCCUUUGACGACCCCUCCGGCCUUGUCCUCUAG